AUGGCACCCAAGCGCUCUCAUAGGGCUAGAGAUGCCUGCGCUACGGCGAAUAAACGGCGCAAAGUCGUGGGAAGCGAGACCCAAGACAUUUUGGAUAUCGACCAGCUGGACUGGAAAACAGUGACACUACCCGACAGGCUGGAUGAUGCUGAGGGAUUCUACUCUUUGGAAGAAAUUGAGGGCGUUGAUAUCGUCAGGCCUUCUGGGAAUGGAGAGAUCAGCUUCAAGGCCCCCACGGAAAAGAUAAAGGGCAUCCUUAAGAACUCAACUGCGGACUCAGAUGACAGCAAUUGGGAAGUUUGGGAUGGAUUUAGCGAUGGCGCGCCACAUGAAGCUACAUUUGAGCAAGUGGAAUCUAAGAAGCCAGAUGUAAAAAAGGCAAACAAGGGUAGAUUAGCUGGAAAGAAGCCAGAGAAUGGAAAAUCGAAACGAGGCGAGAUUCCCGAUUCAAUAGAAAACAGGGUUGAACCAGAACUUUCCUUUGCGGCUCUUGAGGACGAAAGUGAGGAAGACAUGGAUGUUUCUGCAUGGGACGCUUUGCGCCUUCGCGCUGAACUACAGACGAGUCUUGCAAAGCUGAAGUUCUCUACUCCAACGCCUAUUCAAACUGCAUGCAUUCCAGCUAUUAUACAAGGUCAUGAUGUAAUAGGCAAGGCCUCUACGGGCUCCGGGAAGACGCUUGCCUUCGGCAUUCCAAUACUUGAACAUUACCUGAAAACCUAUACUAACGAGAAAGUGGGCUCUUCCUCCUCGAGAAUCAGAGAAAAGAUCCCUUUGGCAUUAAUACUUUCGCCUACGCGGGAGCUUGCGCACCAACUUAAUAAACAUUUUAUAGAUUUGAUCAGCUAUGCUCCACACACUCAUGCUAGGAUCGCCACCGUGACUGGUGGACUUUCUGUUUACAAACAGCAGCGCUUGCUAGCAGACGCUGAUAUCAUUAUUGCUACACCUGGCCGUCUUUGGGAAGUUGUUGGGUCUCUACCCGGGUUUCUCACCAAAUUGAAAAAGAUCAAAUUUCUUGUUAUAGACGAGGCGGACAGGUUGUUGAGCGCGGGUCAUUUUAAAGAAAUGGAAGAAAUUCUUAAUGCGAUUGACAGAGUAGAGGAGACUGAAGAGGGCUAUGCGGAUAAUUCGGAGAAUGAAUCACCGCAACAAACCGGCCACCAGCAACGGCAGACUCUCGUUUUUUCCGCUACGUUCCAUAAAACACUGCAACAAAAGCUUUCGGGGAAGGCUCAGUAUGGAAAUGAUGACUUGCUCAAUAAAACACAGUCCAUGGAUUAUCUACUUCGAAAAUUGAAUUUUAGAGAGGAGCGUCCAAAGUUUAUCGAUGUUAAUCCCAUAUCUCAGAUGGCAGAAAAUUUGAAAGAAGGGUUGGUUCAGUGUGCACCCAUGGAUAAGGAUUUAUUUCUUUACGCCCUGCUCCUUUACCACCCAAAGCACCGCACUCUAAUUUUUACGAACUCCAUUUCCGCUGUCCGUCGAAUAACGCGGUUUCUUCAAAACCUUGACCUUCCAACAUUUGCGUUGCAUUCCGCAAUGACCCAAAAAGCACGUCUCCGUUCCGUUGAACGGUUUUCUUCCCCUUCUGAAGCUUCCUCUUGCCUUGUCGCCACGGACGUUGCUGCACGCGGACUCGACAUCAAAGGAAUAGAUCUUAUCAUCCAUUAUCACGUACCCAGAACCGCCGAUGCGUACGUUCAUCGGUCUGGCCGCACCGCCCGCGCUUCUGCAUCUGGAAAGUCAAUUUUAAUAUGUGCACCAGAGGAGACAACCGGUGUUGCUAGAUUGGCCGCCAAAAUACAUUCCAAAGUCAGCCAGGGUGCCAAAGUCACUGGUAAGAAAUCACUUUUGCAAGUAAUUGACCUAGAUCGCCGGAUCGUGGAUCGACUGCGUCCCCGGGUCACUCUCUCCAAACAAAUUGCCGAAUCGAUCCUAGCUAAGGAGAAACUUUCAUCCGAGGACGACUGGCUGCGUUCCGCAGCGGACGAUCUCGGGGUGGACUAUGAUAGUGCUGAAUUUGCAGAACAGGGGGCCAAAGGGAAAGGCCGUGGCCGUGGUGGCGGCAGACAAGCACGAGAACAAAAAGCGGCCAGCUUAUCCAAGGCUGAGAUGGCAGGGCUAAGGGCACAAUUGAAAGAUUUGCUGGCUAAAAAAGUAAACGUGGGGAUUUCCGAAAAAUAUCUGACCGCCGGGCGAGUUGAUGUGGACGCGUUGUUAAGAGGUGAAGGUAAUCAUGCAUUUCUGGGACAUAUGGAUACAUUGUCCUUUUAA